GUUAAGAGGAAACGCAGCAGCUGAGUCGUUCCUCUUGUGUUUGUUUGAAGUGUGUGGCCUAGGCAGCGUGCGUGUUUGGUACACCGCCGUUCGCAGGAACACGGACUCUGUCGACAAAAUUCCCUUUGAACAGAAGCGGGUGUGAGGAAAAUAUAAGUCCUAAUUAUUAAUUUAUAAGGAAGCAUGGACUCUUGCUGAUGACAAGCAACAUUCUCGUGGAUUUCACUAGUCUGGAGUGGAAAUAUGCUGCUGCGUUCAUGUGGAAGCCUCGAAGUAGACGGAAAUUGUCAUAAGUAAGGCGAAUGUGGAUGUAUGCUCUCCAGGGCUUAAGAGCAAGGUGUCCACAUCAUGCCAAUUGUUGUAGAUCCUUAAUUACCACCUCAUCAUCUUCAAGAGACAAAAUGGGUUCCAAUGUUGAACUUGAUAUUGGAGCUGAUAUUUCAGAUGAACAACAUUGUAAGAAUCAAGAAGUGAGAAAUUCAACAAACUGUGGACUGAAGAGGAAACGACAGCGGAAGAUCUCUCCUUAUCCUCACAGCCGUCAACCAACAAAAUGUGAAGAUUUUGAAGUUGAGAAAGCCAAAUCAUGGACAGAUGAAAUGUUUGACUUCAUCAAUAAAGAGAUUGCCUUUUACAAGUCAGACGUAAAGAAGAAAGAGACUUCCAACGCUUCUGGGAUUCAACACUGCACUGGACAACCUCUUGACCAAGACGGGUUGAAAAGCAGCAAAGGAACAGAAUUAUUUCCCAGCUCUAACAAGAAUUAUGAUACAUCUGCAUCAGAGAACUGUUUAAAAGAUUAUCAACAUGUCAUGUUGGAUGUUGCUGCCACUUGCACAAAGAAUGAAGCAGAGAGUCCAGUGACUGUGACAGCAGUGUCUGGGGUCACCGUGCCAGAAGAGACUGAGAAGUACCCAGGAUUAACGGUCCGCUGCAGUUCCUCACAAGGAGAGCGUGAGAGACUCAAAGAAACACCAGGCACUCUACCUUUGUUAUCCAAGAAUGUGAGUUGGGAGAGGGAGGAUGUUAGCCUCAAACCAAUUGAAGGAGUAGGUUUAGGCAGUGGGCCUUGUGUGAUUGGUGGAAAUCAAGAUAAAAAUGUAAACCAACUUCAGAAAAUUGAAGACCAACACUACUGCCAUGUUGAAUCUAAGGAUGCAGUUGCACUUUCCAGCCUAGAUUCAUUAACUGAUAAAACUGAGCUUGGCAAAACGCGAGUCUCUAUGUACCAAAGUGAACAAUCGGUGCGCAACCAAACAAGCUAUAAAAAUGCUGAAGAGGAUACAACUGGUGUGUGUUUACAGGCUUGUUUAAGCGCAUCUCUUCCUUUGAAUAAAGUGAGCAGUGGAGAGCUGUUCAAUGUAACGGUUGUAAAAGAUCCACAAUAUGAAGAUAUUUCAGACACAGAAAAUUUAUCGAAUAUGGACACGAAGAGCUUCUCAGCCUAG